AUGUCCACGCUCCCCUCCCCGUCUGCCUUACUGCCAUUUCAGUUUUCUUCCCUUCUUUCCACUACCUGGGCAAAGGGAAUUCGAAUAUGUAGCCUGGACCCAGGGGAGGUCGGGGAGAAAACAGGCCACUUAGGGGCGCGGGGUCAAUCCCCAGGCAGGUGGGACGCCCCUGGGGGUCCUGAGGCCUCUUCCCUCCUGCGGAAGGGAGCAACCCUCCUGGCAGGCCUGGACCUGCUCACACCUGACGUUUACCUGGACGGAGGGGGGAGGUGGGAGGGGCAGGAAGCGGUUGGUGCGGACGGGAAAGGCGCCUGCGUGGGAGCCCGGCCCCUUGAGACCCGCGCGGCGUGGAAAGCCGCUCGGCGUCGCCCUCCCCCGGAGCGCGCGAGCUCGCAGUCCCCGAGACCGGCCCACGGGCCCUGCGCCCGGCCCCCCUGUCACUCACACGCCUUCCAGCCAAUGGUGCGGCCGCCUGUCCCCCUCACCCCACCCCUCGAGGGCGAGCUGGGAGGGAGUCGCGGCCGCUGCCUGCCUGGUCCCCAGCAGUGCAGCCCCGGCGCGGAGCAGGGAGCCUCGGCCCACGGCCGGCGCCCUCGCCCACGACCUGCAGCCAUGGUGCUUGGGGUGCCCAGCGCUGUCCUGACCCUCUGCCUCUGGCUGGCGGCCUCCAGGGUCUGCCUGGCGGCCGGCCCCGGCGCGGCUGCUGCGCGACGGCUGGACGAGUCACUGUCUGCCGGGAGCGUCCAGCGCGCCCGCUGCGCCUCCAGGUGCCUGAGCCUGCAGAUCACUCGCAUCUCCGCCUUCUUCCAGCACUUCCAGAACAAUGGUUCCCUGGUUUGGUGCCAGAAUCACAAGCAAUGUUCUAAGUGUUCACAAGAGAGCCCUGGGGGAGACGAUGUACAUAAAAACAUCUGCUUCUGCAGACCUGUGAAAAUGUGCCCCAAAACCGUAAACAUUGAAUUCUUCAAAAAGAGAAACGGUGCUGGAGAAAGAAUGCAGAAGAGCCUGCUUGCAAAUCAAGUUCAUCAAGGGAGGGCGAAUUUGUUUAUGGAAGAGGCCCAACUGAAAAGCUUCCCGGAGAGGACGUGCUCCAUGUUUGAUGUCCGUCCCUUAGAGUAUGUGAUCGUAGCACAUGCACCCUGGCAGAAGGGCUAG